GAUGGGCUGCGCGGUCACCCAGAAGGAACCGGAAGCUGGAGUUAUAAGUACAGGGAGCCGAAGGUCGACCUGGAAUUUUCCUCUUCUGUGCCUGCAGUGGGGACCGUCGGCCUAGUAUCGCUUUCGCCAUGGCCCUCAGCGAUGCUGAUGUGCAAAAGCAGAUUAAGCACAUGAUGGCUUUCAUUGAACAAGAAGCCAACGAGAAAGCAGAAGAAAUAGAUGCAAAGGCGGAAGAGGAAUUCAACAUCGAGAAAGGUCGUCUUGUGCAAACCCAGAGAUUGAAGAUUAUGGAAUACUAUGAGAAGAAAGAAAAGCAGAUUGAGCAGCAGAAGAAAAUUCAGAUGUCCAAUUUGAUGAAUCAAGCAAGGCUGAAAGUCCUCAGAGCAAGAGAUGAUCUUAUCACAGACCUUCUAAAUGAAGCAAAACAGAGACUCAGCAAGGUGGUGAAAGACACAACCAGGUACCAAGUGCUGCUCGAUGGAUUGGUCCUCCAGGGUUUAUACCAGUUGUUGGAGCCCAGAAUGAUUGUUCGUUGCAGGAAACAAGAUUUCCCUCUGGUAAAGGCUGCUGUGCAAAAAGCAAUCCCUAUGUACAAAAUUGCCACCAAAAAAGAUGUUGAUGUCCAGAUUGAUCAGGAGGCCUACCUGCCUGAGGACAUAGCUGGUGGAGUUGAGAUUUAUAAUGGAGACCGUAAAAUAAAAGUUUCCAACACCCUAGAAAGCCGGUUGGACCUCAUAGCCCAGCAGAUGAUGCCAGAAGUAAGGGGAGCUUUGUUUGGUGCGAAUGCCAAUAGGAAGUUUUUGGACUAAGCCUUUGAGAGGUGGAGUUCAUCUGCUGCUCCACUGCUAUGAUACAGUUUGUGCUAUGAUACAGAGUUUGUGGUGUUUGAAGAAACAAUAUCAAUGUAGCUCCCUCCUUGCUGUUUUAAUAAUGUUCUGUAUUUAUCAGUGGAUACCAUUCCAUCGCGGGUGCCCUUGGCCUAAUUGUUAAUGGGAAAGACUUGCUUGAUGUGAUCAGGAACCUACCUCUGGUUCACGUGGAGGCUGCAGCUUCUGUUGCUUUUGUAGCACAGAGGGAGGGCUCAGAUGGUGGCUGUGGACUGCAUGGGUCUCCUGUUCUUCCGUCUCUGUACUCACAGGUGGUGUGUGUGGUGUGCUCUGCUGUGAUGGCCCUGCUCUUUGUGUCUAAAGCACAUGUAGGCAUGCAUCCUUCUAGAAAUAGUGGCUUCACUCACUGUUACCUGUUCAACCCUCAACUCUGCUACUGUGAUUUAAAAUCUAAGCCAUGGGUACGCUGUAUUUAUUAAAAUAAAAAGUUUAUGUGGA